AUGCCGAAAAAAAGCAAAGAAUAUCCUCAUAGCAGUGAGAGCGAAUCACAGGGCAAUUUUCCACAUAAUCGUAAGCAAUCGAGAAUUGACGGGAGGAAUCAAAAAAUGAAGAGAAAAUUGGUACAACAAGAAAUCGGGUUUUCGAAGCAACAGGCCCCGAUUGAUGAUAACCAUCCAAUUUCCGACGACAAUUUUCAGAACCCAUCGUCGAAUGUGCUCUUGAUCAAGAAACCCAUCUCAUUGCUCUGCACCACUCCUCAUCCAUGGCUGCGGCAUGACACCGUGCUCAAAGUCUCGGCCCCUGUGGAAGGCAAAAAAUCGAGCUUUCACGCGAGACUGCUUCACCAUCGGCCAUUUUCUCGGCCCGUCGAUCUUGAUUGCGGCGGCGGACGGAUGACGGGGGAAUCUGCCGGCGUCCGUAAUCGAUUUCUUGUUGGUCGGCGAGGUGCAGAACUUGCGAUGGCACUAGAGGCAAGAGAGCGACGGAGGGCGAUAAGUUGCUCGCGGUCAGGUUUCACACGCUGA